CGAAAGCUAAUUCCAUUGUCCGGAAGGCAGCUGCCCACUGUGUGAAGCAGUCUGCUUUGGGGCUGCUGCGCCACCUACGUUCUAGUGGGCUUGGAGAGUACACCUUUACAUCUUUACUGCGGACAAGCUUUAAUCUGGUUCUUUGUGUGUCCUCUGUUUUAAUAUCUCAUGGGACUGUGUAAAGGGUUAGAAUGUCUGUCUGCACUUUCUUUUUCCUGCCAUCUCUUUGACAUUGGAAAUUGUGGCCCAAGGGGGAAGCCCUGUCAAAGCCCCAUUGAGGCUCCUAGUAAAAGCAUUAGCAUCUUAGCUAAUCAUUGCUGGAGAACUCAUUCAUUAGAAGCUGUUGGGGGCCUAGGAUCCUUGUAUGUUACCCUGGGAAAAAAUUAGCCAGACAACAUACCAGGAACAAUGUUGUAAAUUUUCUUUUGUCCCUUUAACUUUCUAAAACAGCAUUCUUUCUCAAGACAGAACAGUGGUUAGAAUCCUGCCCAUGCAAAACUAACUCGUGUCACUUGUUACUUUGACAAGCUUUAAGCUUGUACUUCCUCUGCAGAAAAGGCUAUACUCAAAAAAACGCAUAUGCUUUGGGGCUUUGGUAUUAGGAGACAGUGCUGUUGCACGACCUUUGAGGGCACAGUCUUUCUCACUCUGUAUUAGUAUCUUCACAUUUGCUAUGGGAGGUUUAAUGGCACAGCUGUGCAUAUACUAACAGCACCAAAUGAGUUACUGCUUUCUAGGACGGGGACUUUUCUAGCUCAUCACCAUUCUUAACAGGGAUAAUCUAUAAACAAGUCAGCAUAUCUGGAAUUGGAGGUGAAUUGGAGGAUUAGCAAUUCUUCUAUAUAUGAGAUAUUUCAUGUACAGAAGUAUUUUAAAAUAUGUAAGGAUAAACUGCCAAGAUUACCUGUACAGUCUUGAGAGAAGAAGAGUUCAAAUAUAACUAUAAACUGUAAUUGACAAUGAGUCAUUUGCUUUAGGGGUGCCAACUAUGAAAACAGCCUAGUUAUGCCCCUAAUGAUAAUUAUGAAAAUUCCUUUUGAAAGCUGGUUGCAUCUCUAGUGAGUUGUAAGUUGGCCUGGAUAAAUAUUUUCAGUUUUACUUUCUAAAAAAUUAUCCCAUGAUGACACUUCACACAACAAUGUGAAUGUACUUAAUGCCACUGAUGUGCACUUAAAAGUGUUUAAAAUGCUGAAAAAAAAACUUAUCCAAUUCUCCUCUUUUCUACACAUAUAUAAUUUUUAGAACUUAAAUAUUUAAAUGUUUAAUAAACACAUUUGUUCUUGUAAUGGGUAGAAAUGUAAUAUACAAUCGCUGAGUACUGAACAAGGACAAAGGUCACAAACCUAGUAACUUAGAAGCAGAGAUUGGAAAUAUCAAAGGUGUGUUUCCAGUAACCAAGGGCAACUUCGCAUUUUACUUAUAAACCCAACACGUAUUUUAAAGCAAAUUUAGCACUUGUAAAAAUAAACAGAAAUUGUAUGUACAUCUGAUACCAGUUGUUAGUAAUAGCUAACUAUGUACCAGGCAUCUUGGUAAGGGUGUACAUGUAUGAGCUCAUUUAUCUCAUACAGACCAAUGGAACGGUGUAUGCUUACAGUGUGGAGUACAGAGGAGGAUGCUGAAAUGUAAGUUAAACAAUCUACGUCACCCCAGGUUGCACCCCCAAAGAAGUAGCAGACCUGGGGUCUGAGGAAGAGACUCUGUUUCUGGAGUCAUCCCUCUUACUCCCAAGGCAAGCCUGCCUUUUGUAUAUGAUUCUGUGUAAAACAUUUAAUAACACUUACUCCUGUGGAAUUCUGCUGUGUUUGAUGAAGAUGUGUAAGUGAAUGCUGUAGAAGGAUGAUUGCUCUCAGAGGUCCAGGCUAAAAAGCCCCUCCAGGUGACCCUUUAUCACCUGGGCAGAGCAGCCCCCUUUUUGCAUGUGCACACAGGUGGGGUGUGCGCUGCACAGGACCCUGUGUUCUGCAUCUGCACUCACCUGUCCUCAUAGCUGAAGAAAUAUAACUGUUUUGACCCCUGUUUUCACACCAGGUUCCGCAACAGCUCAACACCAAAAACAAACAUUUAAAGGUCAAUAAAAACACAAGCUACUGAGAUAAGUCUGUGGCUUGAGUGGAUGCGGGGUAGACAUGUGACAGGUGUAAGGAGACUUCCCUGGUAGCUCAGGCGGUAAAGCUUUCCACCUACAGUGACAGGCGUGGUUCAAGCACAUCCCCUUUCGUGCUGGUGUCUGCUCUGCUAAUAGUGUCAGAUGGAGCAGAAGAGGCAGAGAAAUGGUCUGAUGGUGUACAGAGUGUCUUAACAGGAGCCCAAAACAACUGCUUCGGAAGCGAUGGUGGAGGUCAAUCCCAACCUCCUAAAUUUACAAAUGAGAAAGCCCAAGUCUAGUGAGGGUAAGUGGCCCUUCUAAAAUUGUAAGCAAGAAAGCUUGGUUUAGAGCUGGAACCUUUCAUCUUCAUGCCUGGCAUUCUUUCCUCUGUGGGGAAGCAGCGUCUUGAAGUAUAGGUAGAAGAUGGUGGCCCUGAUUCUGGCAGAAGGUUUGGCCAUUAUUUUAUCAUAUGUGCAAGGUGGAGGAUGCCCUUUGACCCGCUGACCCGGGGACACGUCCUUGCUGGAGAAAGGUUUGGAAGACGACACACGACCCCGUUGCCUUUUCUCUGGCGGCCUGCUAGCAGAUGGAGAAGCAUGGCACAAGUUUGAUGGCUGUGUCUGCUUCCCCAAGGUCAAGAAAUUCCGUCCUUAGAAGGCGACGGUGCUAUGCAUGUUAUGAAUUGUGUCUCCUUGGUCAGCGAUAAAGGCAAUGGGAACACCGCCAUGGCGGCCAGCUUCGUGACAGGGCAGGCACCGCCCGCGCCCCCGCCGCCGCCGCCGCCCCCGCCCCCGCCGCUCGGUCCGUACUCGGGGGAGGGCUUUCCUCCCUCCCCGCCCCCGCCCCCUCCGCUGCCGGGGGCGCCUCCGGUGCCCCCGCCUCCUCCGGGACUACCCCCAAACUCUCACCUGAACGGCUACAGCCAGCUUGGUAAGAAAAAGCGGAUGAGAAGCUUUUAUUGGAAAACCAUUCCAGAAGAGCAAGUUCGGGGCAAAACCAACAUCUGGACCUUGGCAGCCAGCCAGCAGCAUCACUACCAGAUCGACACCAAGACGGUCGAAGAGCUGUUUGGGCAGCAGGAAGAUGCCACCAAGGCCUCCCCUUCCAGGAGGGGAGGGUCUUUAAAUUCGUCCUCCAGGGAGGCCAGAGAAGAGAUUACUCUCUUGGAUGCGAAGCGGAGCAUGAACAUUGGGAUAUUUCUUAAGCAGUUUAAGAAGUCUCCUCCGUCCAUCGUGGAAGAUAUCCAUCAAGGAAAGAGUGAACACUAUGGAUCAGAGACAUUGCGAGAAUUUCUUAAGCUUUUGCCAGAGUCAGAGGAGAUAAAGAAACUAAAGGCAUUCAGUGGAGAUGUGGCCAAGCUGUCCCUGGCAGACUCCUUUCUGCACUGCUUAAUCCAGGUGCCAAACUAUUCCCUGCGGAUUGAAGCCAUGGUGCUAAAGAAGGAAUUUCAACCUUCUUGUUCUUCUCUAUACACAGAUAUGACGAUUCUAAGGAACGCUACAAAAGAGCUGAUGUCCUGUGAGGAAUUGCACUCCAUAUUACACUUGGUGCUACAAGCAGGGAAUAUCAUGAAUGCUGGAGGGUAUGCUGGCAAUGCAGUAGGAUUUAAACUGUCUUCUUUGCUCAGAUUGGCAGACACAAAAGCAAACAAACCUGGGAUGAAUCUCCUGCACUUUGUUGCACAGGAAGCCCAAAAGAAAGAUGCUAUGCUUCUAAAUUUUUCUGAAAAAUUGCUUCAUGUUCAGGAGGCUGCCAGAUUAUCUCUGGACAACACGGAGGUGGAGCUGCACUCGCUCUUUGUCAGGACGAAGACUCUCAAGGAGAACAUCCAGCGGGAUCGAGAGCUGUGUCAGCAGAUGGAAGAUUUCCUUCAGUUUGCCCUGGAAAAGCUGACCGAGCUGGAGCGGCGGAAGCGAGAGCUCCAGGUCGAGGCCCACACCCUCAUCGACUUCUUCUGCGAAGACAAGGACACCGUGAAGCUAGACGAGUGCCUGCAGAUAUUCAGAGACUUCUGCGUCAGGUUCAACAAAGCAGUGAAGGACAACCACGAACGCCAGGUGCAGGAGCUGAGGCAGCGGCAGCGGCUCAAGGAGCUGGAGCAGAAGCGGCGAUCCUGGACAGCGGGGGAGUUUGGAUUCGGCCGGAGCAGCAGUGAGAAUGAUGUGGAGCUGUUGACCAAGAGGGACGCGGAGGACCUGCCCCCGUUUCUUUGCUGCAGGCCCCCCACCACCCGCCGCUCCCGCCUCUCCCUGGACACCAUGGCCGACCGGGAGCUGCUGAACUUCCUGGAGAGCUCCAUGGGCAGUCCUGAGAAACUCAAGCCCAGCAACUCAUCCCGGGGCUGCCUCUGGCAGGUGCCACCCGACAGAGCCUGCAGGGAGCCUGGAGAACCAAGGGGCCAGGACUCCAGCCUAGCGCACAGACCUAGGGUCUUGGAGGGCCAGGAGGAAGCCCCCCACCCCACCACGGCUUGGCCGAGCUGGCUCCCUGCAGCCCACCCUGAGGAUCCCGCCUGCGCUCUGCGCCGCCCUCGGCGCAGUGGGGUCAACACCCUCCGAAAGAGGAGCAGCGCACCGGUGGGCAUGGAUCCUGUGAGGUCCUCGCCCCCACUCUCACCAUUGGCUCUAGGGAUUAGGGAGCAUGAGCUGGUGACCGGGCUGGCCCAGUUCGACCUCCAGGCUCCCAAGGGCCCGGAGGAGCCGGCCGGGCUGACUGGGAAUGACUGCAGCCCAAUGGAGCUGGUGUCCGUGAGGGGUGAGAGCCCACAGUCCCUGGGCGCCACCAAUAGCAGCCCGACGCCUGUGGGCAGAGGUGCCCAAGUGGGUCCCGGCCAGGGACCUGUCCCCCAGGAUGGCGGUGCAGCCCCUUAUGAGCCCAGAGGCACAGCUGCGCUCUCUGAGGGGAGCAGUGACCCUGAGCGUCAAGAUCCUGGGCCUCUGUUCUGCAUCUCCGACACCAGCGACUGCUCGCUGACCCUGGACUGCUCUGAGGGAGCCAACUCCAGACCCUUAGAGGGGGACCCGGGCGAGGCGGGCGAUGGGGAGGGCUCCAUGUCCCCCGGGGCCUGGGAGAUGGGCGGCAGUCAGGCCUCCUCCAACCCCAUCUGUAGCCUGACUGCGGAGGCUCCCGCUGCUGCCUCCACCCCCGGCUCGGGCUCCGUCUCAGAGAGGAGCGAGCGGGAGAGCUGCAAGGGCGGACCGCCCAGGGACAGGCCGGCCAGAGGGAGGGAGGCGCCGGCCCUCAGGAGGAGCUCCCCCAGAGAGGCUCAGCCGUUGGCGGGGCCGUCCCGGGCCGGGGCCGCCCGGCGGAGCGCAGGGCCAGCGGGGCCCGUGCGGCCGGCGGGGCCCGUGCGGCCGGUGAGGACGCUGACCGGCUGCGAGAACGAGAGCAUGCGCAGGGUCGUGCCCAUCUCGCGCGCUGGCCGCGCGCCCCCGGCCCCCAAGGGCAGCCCCCGCGAGGCCCCCAGCGGGCCCGACCCGCCCCCGCCCCUGGCGCGCCGCAGCUCCAUGCGGGGGACCUCGGACGCGUCGCCAGCGAGGCCCGCGACGGCGGCGGCCCGGCCCGGGAGGGAGACCCCCUCUCUGCUCCGGAGCUCCUUCAGGAAGCCCAGCGCCAAGCCCCUGCGCAACGUGCCGCGGCCGAAGCCCGAGGAGGACAAGGCAUGCCGCUCCGGCGCCCAGGGCCCCGAUGGCCCCGGAGAUCCGCCCUGCGCCCAGCCGGCUGCCAGCGUGCCCCGGGGCCCGGCCGCGGUCCCCAGCUUCGCUCGCAACACGGUCGCCUCCUCGUCUCGAAGCCAGAGGCUCGACCCUCCUGCUCUGGUCAGAGCCCCCGGCCUCACGCGGACCAUGUCUCAGCGGCAGCUGAGAGUGAAGGGCGGCCCCGAGGACAGCGCCCCCAAGGACAGCGGCGCCCUCCGGCGGGCCGGCAGCGCCCGUACCCUGCGGAAGGGGUCCGAGUGCGCCGAGGGCCCCAGGGCCGGCGCGGAGACCCCACCGAAGGGCCGCGGGGCCGGCGAAAGGGCCUCCCUCCGGCUGAAGGAGGCCAAUCGCGCGGCGCUGGGGAAGGGGCUUCAUCCCUUACAGCCCCCCGCUGGUGCUACCUGCCAGUGCCCCUGAAGGUGUAGCCUGCUGGACCCACAUCCCCGCUGGACCAUCGGCUCCGCAUCGGCCAGGGAGGUGGACCUGCUGAGCCCCGUCCUGCAAACACAGAGACCCGUGGACGACUCAGACAACGUCGUUGUCUGACUCAACAUCAUCUGAUGUUCUUAGGUGACGAGUAACAAGAUUUCGGGGCCAGUUUUUAUAUAGCAGUGACAUUUUUUACUGUUAUAAAAAUUAAACGUUGUUUUAGUUGGUUCCUUUCACAGAGUGAAAUGCCUCCCAGGGGAAAAAUGAUGAAGGUAUUUUUUAUCUUCCUAGUUCCCUGGCCUCAGGGUUCCACCUGCCCGUGCUGUGCAUUGCGGGCAACUGGACUUCUGCCAGAAAGCCUUUGGGUGUCCUGUGGUUGCCACCGUCUUCCUGAAGACUGUUCCUUGCUCAUCUCCACCUGCUACCUUUGGUGAGGUGAACAGGAGGGAAAGUGAAACUGGUGGACAGAAAUCUGGUGCUCCCCGUGUGUUGGGACUGUGGGGCUAGCCUCCCCUGUAGAUGGGUGGCCACCCCUGGGAGAAUGCUGGAGCUUCCAGAAUUUAGAGGUGCCAUAUUUUGAUGGAAGGUCGUCAGGACUGAUCAGCUGAGCACAUCUUUCCCGUUCUCUGUUUUCUCAUUUGAGUAUUUGUUGUAAAACUGAGUGAAGGCUGCUAUGACUUGUGUUCACUCUAGUUCCUCUAGGGAGGAAUAAACCCAGACUUUCUCCUUUGCUAAUGUGACCUGGAGCCUGGAGAGAAAGAAUCACUUUCUCUCUCCAUGAUAUUUUUAAAUGUUGAUGUCUGUUCUUUGGUACAGUGGUUUUAAAUCCUGAGAAAAACCAGGUCAAGUUUUAAAAUCCAGACCAAAAUUGAAAUUGCUUUAAGAAGACUUUAUACUAUCAGGAAAAUUUUGAAGAAAAAAAAAGUAAGGCUUCAUUCAAAAGAGAAAAACAUACUACUCGGUUCCAAUUUCACUGUUUCCGUCCCAACUAGCUAAUUGGGAAGUGGGGGAAUUCUUGAGACAUUUUUAUUAUUUAAAAACUGCCCUUUCUCCCACUUUUUCACUUUUGAUCACUUAUUAGUGAAACUUUGUUUUAGAUCUGACAGCGGGAGGUGGAUUUUGGCAAAUAUAGUAAUGUAUUCCUGGUGAAUCCAUACGGUUGAUGUUACAGUCUCCCUGCUGUAGAAUGUUGCCUUCCGUCCAAAUCAAUUAGAAACUCUGAGCUUCCAUAAGUCAGCUAAACUGAAAAGGAAAACAAGGCACCUGACCACAAAACCUCUUGUAAAAAUAGCCCUGAGUAGUAUUUCCAGGGCUCCACAAAGAUGGUUGUGAGAAUCCUGAGCCAUUUUCACCAUCUCAAAAGCCUUAAAAAAAAAUCAUGUAUUUAACCAUGCAGACAAACCUGUUUGAAACCUAGGGCCUAUGAAAGAGGUCAAAAUUUGUGGGUUUGUGGGUAGUGCCAGGGUUGUGGCUCCUUGGGGAACCCUGGAAAGCAGGGUCCAAAUCCCUGUUCCCUCACUGAUGCGGUAAGGCUUUGGCAAGUCACUCCCUCUCCUUAAGCCUCUGUUUCCCAGUCUGCAUAAGUGGGGGCAUGGCCUCUGCUGUGGUCUUCAAGGGUUCUGCCAACUCCCAGAGUCCAAGUCAUCGUGAAUAGCCAAGAACUCAUCUCUGCCGUGGGAUCAGCUUCCAGAACUAAACUCCAGCAUUUCCACAGUGGAGGUCUCACAUAAAGGCUUGCUGAGAAGAAAGCACCUUCAGAAUGAGUUGUUGCUUUGAAAUCUAAUAAGCUGAGUUUCCUGAGAAGUGGUGUUUUGCUUAGCCCUGUGGACCACUUGUAUGCAUCUGUAUGAGCAGGUGAUCAUUCUAUUACCUUUUAUUGGUAGUAAGCUUGGAAAAAUAAUUUAAAUAUAUAAUGCAGAAAUGUAAAUAAUUUUAUAUAUAAAUUUUAAGAUGAACUGAAUGUAUUUAAAGGUCCAUUUAUAUGUUUGUUCUUUUAUGUAAUGUGUAGUUUAAUAAAGUUCAUGUUUAUGA